AUGUCGAUUCAAGAGAGCCAGCGCGUGGGCGACUCCUUCUUCAUAAACAUUGAAGAUGUGCAUGAGGGGUGUCUCGACACGCGUGUGGCUCCAUGCCAGCAUGCCGUCUACCUACACUUCCUGUUGCCUGUUGGAUCCUGCCAUCGAGUGGGAGCUCAAGUCUCGAUCAUUCCGUUUUCACUGCGCGGCUUUCAAGGGCAAACCUUCCACUAUUCCGAAGGUGCAUUCGUACCGUGUUGCGACGAAGUGCGAGAAAGUGACAUAUUAUCCCCGAUCAGUGACUUGGCCGAGGAGAUCUAUAAAACGGCUGUUCCCUGGCACAAGUGGAAUCUGCGGGCCCCAGGGUUUUGGAGCGAGCUAUCCCAAUCCUCCGCCCAGCCUCCACUCCAAUGCAUCGAAACCUCAAGAUAUAACAUGGACCUCUUGGUGACGCAAGCACGACUUUUCAAGCCCGCAACCCCAGUCAAUAAUCUUCUCGACGAUACAAGCAGUGAUAUGCCAGAGAUGUCGAGCUCGAGUUCGCACACAAGGGCCAGCUCUCGCGAUUCACCAUCGCUAAGAUCAUAUCCAAACACACCCAGACCGUCGAAGAGAAAGCGAAAGGAGGAAUCUGCCACCUCUGUCGAGGCCGUGACUGCAACAGCGGAUGCAUUUCUCUAUCGACUCGGGUCAACCAGUAUACCGGAAGAAGAGAUCUCGUCCUACAACGCAUUAACUAAGAUCAAAAGUCAACCGCUGUCUCCGCGCGGGGAAAAUGUCUCGCGGGCAUGGGAGAUGUGCAUAAGCUUUGCUAGGCGUUCGAAUCAGAAGCUUAAGUACGGCCGGUUCUUGCGAUUCCUAUCGCUCUGCUUCUUCCUGAUAUGGGAGCGACACUCGGACAAGCAAGGUAAAAGCGCAGCCCGUGAGGUCAACGCCAAAAUGCGAGAAGCUGGCUUCAGCGGUCACUCACGUGGUCUCAAGACGAUGCGGGAUGAAACGACGCUUAUAAACAGGAUGGUUGCCUCUAUACAAGAGGCUUGUGGCCCUAAACAAGCGGCGACUCUGUAUCAUGUUAUAUUCGAGCCUUCCAAUUAUCAGCUUAUUCGCACGAUUAACAGACUGGGAAGUGAGAAAAAGUCAAGUAUUUUGGCGCAUAUGUGCAGAAAUGCCAGACUUGAGUCUUUUCCUUCAUACUCCAGCUCAACUACCUGUGUGCAAAGUAUCAUUCAGCAGUAUCUUCCCAACUUAUCAACCGACGCAAUCAACAAAGCCAUCGGAUACCAACCCCUGAGCGAGACUUGCCAUAAUCUCACCGAGCGAAGGAUUCGUGCACCUAAACCUUUAUCCAGCCUCCAACUUCCGGAUUUCGAGAUCGAGCGGGUGAGUGAGUCUCGGAAACCCCGACUCACAAAUUACCAGAAUAUGUUCGGAGAUCUUGACCGGACGAUGAGCGGAGAUGGAGCCGCAGACAUCCCAGCUGGCUUGGAUACACUGCACGGCGAUGAUAGCCCGUUCCUUCAAUUACCGACUGUUAUAGACGACCUAGAAUUCGAAUUUCCUUUCAGCAUGGAUGUAGAUAGCAUGGACGGGGGCUUGGGUGUUUUGACCGAAGCUGGGCACCCUGAGCUGCUUGCCCUCUGA